GGGCUGGUGUUCUGCGCAUGCGCACUGCUCAGUGCUGUCACCUCACCUCGUCUGGUGGAUCUCUCGGCUCUGAGUGCGGGUCCUGUAGGUGAUGGGGGACAGAUGAAGCCUGUGUUGUUCGGGCUGCACCCCUGACUGUGGACAGAGCCGAUCUCUAAUGAUGCAGAGUGAAGAGCGCAAGAGAAAGAAACCGAGUUUGAACCCCAGAAGCGUGUCAGAUGAGUACAGUCUGCGUGAGCGACCGAAAGAAGAAACCACAAAGAUGAAGAAUAAAGUUUCUACUUCACAAACGGUCAGCGGUAAGAAGAAGACGUGGUCGUGGGAUCAGUAUCUGGAGGACGAUGGAUCUCAAGCCGCUCCUCUGCAGCUCUUCACUGAGUUCCAGGUGUUUCCUGACAGCAGGAAUGGUUUUAAGGUGGGGAUGAGGCUGGAAGGCAUCGAGCCGCUGCAUCCGUCCAUGUUCUGUGUGCUGUCUGUGGCCGAGGUGAUCGGCUUCCGUCUGCGGCUCCACAUCGAUGGUUACUCCGAGUGCUAUGACUUCUGGGUAAACGCUGACUCUCCGGACAUCAAACCAGCAGGAUGGAGCGAGGCGACGGGACACACACUCCAUCCACCCAAAGGUUACAAAGUGAACGAGUUUAGCUGGGAGAAAUACCUGGAGGACUGUAACGCUCAAGCGGCACCGGAGAACCUCUUCAGAUCCAGCGAGUCGAGCGGCUCGCUGUUUGAGGUGGGCAUGAAGCUGGAGGCGGUGGACCGGAAGAACCCGUGUCUGGUGUGUGUGGCCAGCAUCGCCGACAUCGUGGACCAGCGCUUCCUAGUGCACUUCGACAACUGGGACGACACCUACGACUACUGGUGUGACGCCAGCAGUCCCUACAUUCACCCGGUGGGCUGGUGUCAGGAUCACGGCCGGCCGCUCACGGCUCCUCAGGGACACCUGAACCCUGAGCACUUCGUCUGGGAGGAAUACAUGGAGGACACAGGUGCUUCUGCGGCACCCAGUCAAGCCUUCAGUGAGAGAUCUCCACACGGCUUCCAGACGCACAUGAAGCUGGAGGCGGUGGACAGAAGGAACCCCAUGCUGAUCCGCGUGGCCACCAUCACCGACACCGAAGACUACAGAGUCAAAGUGCAUUUCGACGGCUGGCAUGAGAAGUUUGAUUUCUGGGUGGAUUCAGACCAUCCUGAUCUUCACCCUGUGAACUGGUGCUCCAGGACGGGUCACCCACUCGAACCUCCACCACUCGCUCACUCAGGGCUGUCAGACAUGAAGAGCUCUGUGACGCAGGGUGUGUGUCCGACCCCGGGCUGCAGGGGCAUCGGUCACAUCAAAGGAGCAAAAUACACCGGACACCACAGUGCCUUCGGUUGCCCGUAUUCUGACAUGAACAUGAAGAAGGAGGUGGUGCUUCCCGACCGGCUCGGAGCAGAGAAGCAGAUCACCUUCAUCCCUGUGACCAAACGCCAGUGUCCAGACGACCAGGAGGAAGAGGAGGAGGAGGAGGAAGAGGAGGUCAGCCGUGUGGACGACAGGGUGAUGAUGGCGGCGUGUGACGGUGCUCCUCGUCUGCGCGGUCGACCUGCGAUGAUGAAGAAAGAGCUCAAAGACGAGCCUCUGACGCCGUCGCUCCUCGGGAAGAGACCUCGUGUUCCCAGCAGACUCUCUGAGUCCACAAAGUAUCUGCGUGUCAAGGACGAGGAGGACGACAUCGAUGUGAACAGCGUUAUUUCAGAGCGUCCCGUGGACAGUCUCCAGCAGGCGCUGCAUCAGUCCGUCUUCCUCUCAGCGAUGUCUGCUCACCCGAGCCGUGAUCUGCCGCUGUGUUGGGAGCAGCACUGUAAGCUUCUGCCCGGUGUGUCCGGCGUUCAGGCCAGUCGUGUCUCUCACUGGACAGCUGAGGAGGUGGCUGAUUUCAUCCAUUCUUUACCCGGCUGUGAGGAACAGUCCAAGCAGUUCAGAGAGGAGCAAAUCGACGGCAAGGCCUUUCUUCUGUUGACUCAGCGAGACAUCGUUAAGAUAAUGAGCGUGAAGCUCGGCCCGGCCCUCAAGAUCUUCAACUCCAUCCUGAUGUUCAGACACGCCGAGGAGAGGAAGCAGCCGCCGGCGGGAGACACAUGAAGCACAGAUCAAUCUACUGUAUCAUGCAUUCCUCCGUCAGCGCUCAUCACCCGGCGGCCUCGUCUCGUCAGGUUCCCCUUCUGCCUUUAAACCCUCUCCUUUCCUUCUCAAACUCAACCACACGACAAUCAAACACAGGCCCCG